UGCUCACGGCUAUAUAAGUGUGAUUGCAGCGCACCUAUGCUUCUCCAUCCAUCUCCUGUAGUACGAGUCUAGCUUCCUUUUCCUUUUCCUUUUAUCGGAAAGAAAAGACAUGGGUUUCCGUUGAGGGAGACCUCACGUGGGUUUCCUCACCCUUUUCGUGGGUUUCAGUGGGUUUCUUUCUCUGUCUAUCAUUAAACUGCACGAAACACGAGCGAAUUUCAGGCACUUAAUCCGUCACUGUCUGUCAGAAUAAUUGUUUUAUGAUCAAGUCGGGUGUUUUUGCUUUGCUUUUAAUCCUCGUUGCUUUUUUGUCAAUUGGGUCGUUCGGCUUUGGGUUUUCUUUAAGGGUACUGGAGAAAUUGAAUUGGCUUUUACACAGCUUUGUCUCGCCUAAUUUUCAGGUGAAUUGACGACAUUGCUAACGAGAAUCCCUUCCCGUAAAUUUAGAGACAGAAUUUAGCUCUCUCUCUCUCUCUCUCUCUCUCUCUCUCUCUCUCUCUCUGUUUUUCCCUCUGUUCGGUGGGGUUCCUCUGUUUUCAGGGUCUUGAGACAGAACCAGUCAAAUCUCUCUCUUCCUCUGCACUUCUCUCUCUCUAUAUCUAAACAUGUUUCGAAACAAAGGUCCAAUGCAAUCAAACCUUGAAUGCCUUCUCCAACGGACCACACCAGUGGUCCCAUCCAAAAUCCUACCCAAGAGUGAGAUUAGAAAACUAAAUACCCUUUGGCACCCUUUAGAUAGGGAAGAAGUGGAAUACUUCACAUUGUCUGAUCUUUGGAGUUCUUACGAUGAAUGGAGUGUUUACGGCGCCGGAGUUCCGGUCACUUUGAAUGACAGCGAAUCCCUAGUUCAGUACUAUGUCCCUUACCUCUCCGCAAUCCAAAUCUUCACCAGCAAUUCGGUGGUGACCGGUGCAAGGGAAGAGACCAGUACGCAUUCUGAGAGAACGGACUCAUUUAGUGACUCACUCAGCUAUGAGAGCGAGAGCGAGAAGCUAUCAAGAUCCGAUGGAUGUUCCUCCGAGGAUGGAGUGCUUGAGCAAGAGAUCGCAUGCCAUCCCAAGGACAAACUAGGUUACCUUUACUGUCAGUAUUUCGAGAUAAUAGCUCCUUAUGGAAGAGUCCCUCUCAUGGAUAAGAUUACUGAGUUAGCUCAAAGAUACCCCAGAUUAAUGUCUUUAAGGAGUGUGGAUCUCUCACCAGCUAGUUGGAUGGCAGUUGCUUGGUAUCCAAUCUACCACAUUCCCAUGGGAAGAAACAUUAGGGACUUGUCCACAUGCUUCCUCACUUUCCACACCCUUUCAUCUUCUUUUCAAGAUUUGGACCUUGAAAGUGGCUUGGAGGGUGAUGAAAAGAGGAAGCGAACGCAAGGGGAGGGAAUCUCACUAUCUCCUUUUGGCUUGGCCACCUACAAGAUGCAGGGCGGCGUUUGGGUGUCCCACAACGGUGGCCGGGACCAAGAGAGGUUGGCGUCGCUUUUGAGCGUGGCAGAUUCGUGGCUAAGGCAGCUGAAGGUCCACCACCAUGACUUCAACUACUUCGUGGGGUAUCGUCGUGGCUGAAAGUGACUCCAAACUAGGUUUUAAGUGGUACAAAUAACCCUUUUAUGUAGUGUUUUUUGGCCUUCGGUUUUGUAGUGGUGCUAAUUUUGAGGAAUGGCCUUGGAAAAGAGUUUUAUGGGACCUUUUCUUUUAAUUUAAGUUUUGGCCUACUUCAUCGAUCUCUUGAGAUGUCCUCACUCGAGUGGCUUUCUUGGGAGGUUUUUUUCCCCUCUGGAGAGAUAAGGCAGCUUGUUGAGAUUAGUACCGGAUUAGGAGAGAGAAAAAACCCAGGGACUUUAAAAAGCUCUGGUGAAACUGUUGUCAAUUUCUAAUUGAGUAAUGGAGUCCUUGUUUAUAA